CAGGCCCCACUCUGGGGAUGAACACGAGGCCAGGACCCUAGCGUGCCCAAUGAUGUCCCCAGCCUAGCUCCUCUCACACUGUGGUACCAUGCAGCACAACUCCGCCAACAACUCCAGCCUCGCUUCCCAGUGCCCUGACUACCGGAACACCCACUAUCUGCACAUGGUGGUCUACAGCCUGGUGCUGGCCGCAGGGCUUCCCCUCAACGCGCUGGCCCUCUGGGUCUUCCUGCGCGUGCUACGCAUGCGCUCCGUGGUGAGCGUAUACAUGUGCAACCUGGCAGCCAGCGACCUGCUCUUCACCCUCUCGCUGCCCCUGCGCAUCUCCUACUACGCCCUGCACUACUGGCCCUUCUCUAACCUCCUGUGCCAGACGGCGGGCGCCAUCUUCCAGACGAACAUGUACGGCAGCUGCAUCUUCUUGACUCUCAUCAACGUGGACCGCUACGUGGCCAUCGUGCACCCGCUGCGGCUGCGGCACCUGCGGCGGCCCCGCGUGGCGCGGCUGCUGUGCCUGGGCGUGUGGGCGCUCAUCGCCGUGUUUGCCGUGCCCGCCGGCCUGGUGCACCGGCCCUCGCCCUGCAGCUACAACGGCGGCCAGGUGCACCUGUGCUUCGAGAGCUUCGGCGACAUGUGGCAGAACAGGCUACUGUGGCUCCUGCUGCUGGCCGAGGCGCUGGGCUUCCUGCUGCCCCUGGCGGCCAUGCUCUACUCGUCUGGCCGGGUCUUCUGCACUCUGGCGCGGCCGGACAGCACGCGGAGCCGGCGGGGGCAGAAGACCGUGCGCCUCCUGCUGGCCAACCUCGUCAUCUUCCUGCUGUGCUUCGUGCCCUACAACGCCACGCUGGCGGUCUACGGGCUGCUGCGGGGCAACGUGGUGGCGGCCGGCAGCGAGGUGCGCGACCGGGUGCGCCAGGCGCUCAUGGUCAUGGUGCUGUUGGCCGGCUCCAACUGCGUACUGGACCCACUCGUGUACUACUUCAGCGCCGAGGGUUUCCGUAACACCCUGCGCGGCCUGGGCACUCCGCUCCGCGCCAGGACCUUGGCCACCAACGGGGCUCAGGGAGUGCACGCCGAACGGGCCACCGAGGCCACCCUCAUCACCGGUCCGGCUACCGCCAACCAAAAGCUCCUCCAGCCUUCCAGCUUCGGGACGCCCUUGACCCGGCGCCGCCAGGACUCGGUCCUGUGAAUGCACUGCGUACGGUUGCGCAGUCACCCCCACCUCCCAGGCCCCCGCUCCGCUCACACGCGCACGCUCGCAGGGUAUUGUACAUGAGGGAAGUGGAUCGGGCACUUGGACUUCUGGGCGGCAACUCCUGCCCCUAAAUGCACAAGAGAACAAAGUGUGGCCAGCCUGGGGCACAGGGAAGGAAGAAUAGUGCUGGUGGAAAUGCCUUCUUUGCUUUGGUGGUGAUGGUGAGCGCGGGGCGGAUCCCUGGCCCUGUGAAGAGGGAGUGACGCUGUGAGCUCCCUCAUUGCAUAGGCAGACGACUGGAUGACAUGCCCUUGGUGUGUGGGCAUGAAACACUAUGGAAGGCUGGUAGAUGGAGCAGAAAAUGAGUGUCCUGGAUUUAGACCAACCACAGCAGUCUCAGUGCCUCCGAUGCUACCCACUCUCAUUUCCACUUGGCCUUGCCCUGCCCAGCGUGGAGGCAUGAGACACUGACAGAAUCUGUUUCAUUCUUGGUUAGUAACUUGUAACAAUUUAGACCUGACACCCAGCAUGGGGUGGUUGGGGGCAGGACAAAACUGUGAGUUAGAGGAUGUUUUCCCCCCAGAUGCUGGUCUCUGUAGGCCUUUCUAGGUGUCCUUUCUCCUUCCACCCCGCCCCACUUUCCAGACCUCCUCCAUUCUAGGUCCUAAAUUCUCUCUCUCUGCCUCUGGCCCUUCAUCUAGAAUAAGGGAGAAAAUUUUUUGUACGAAAUUAACAGUUCUCCCCAACUUUGCUCUCAGACCCUUUUACAACUCUUAACAAUGGAGGACUCCAAAAAGUCUUUGCUUAUACCUUACCUUUUGAUAUUUAACCUUAUUAGAAAUUAAAACUCGUUAAUUCCUAACAAUGUAACACACAAGCACACAUUCCAUUAACUUUGAGAGCAAUAAUGUCAUCACACUUCACAAAGCCUCUGGAAAACUCCACGGUAUACCUGUGAACAAGGAGAUUGCAAAGGACAAACAACAUUGGUGGGAGUAAUAUUCCGAAAAUAACUUUGACCUUGUGGACAUCUAAGAAUCAGUAUUAGAGUUCAUGUGUAACGUCUUCCCAGGGCAUAUGUAUACAUUGUUUUUUAUUACUGCGGGGACAGGGAAAUGCUCCACAAAUCAACUGCUAAUUCUAGUCCCAAAGGCUUGAGGGUUUGCAGGGGUAGAUUGGAGCUGCACACCCAGUGCAACAUUACUUUGGCUUCCUGGUGCGGGUGGAGCAGCUCUGAGGUGGGGGUGAACUAGUGACACAGACACUGGGGGAGGGGUGGGGCUUCUCUUUCCCCAGGAAAGGGAAAAGGGAACUGUUGCCACAGCCAGGAAAGAAGUUUCCAGGGACAUAAGAGUGCAAGGGAGGACAGGAAUAAGGUGUCUGUUCUUAGCAAGCUGGGGGCAAGGAAAUGGAAGACUGAUGAAUGGACCACCUACUCUUUCCUUCUUCCCUCUUUACUUGGAGUAGGGCUGGGAGGGGUUGCGGAGUUGAGACUGCAUAAGUGAGGAAGUUGCAGCCAUGCGUGUGUCCUGUAUGCAUUUCUGUCGCUAGGUCUCUCAAUGGCGUGUGUGUGUGUGUGUGUGUGUGUGUCAGGGUUUUCCUGUGUGUGUCUCUGCGUGUUUUAGUUUGGAGUAAGCCUUUUGUGUGUCUUCAAGGGAUUGCUCCAGAUGGUGAUUUACAGGGGUAAAAUGACCCCUGGUGGCCAAAUCGGAGAACUGACCCAGAUUCCUCCUUGAUCACUUUCAAGUAGAACCUUCCACCAUCUCUUGGGAAGAUGGAGCCCUGGGCUAGGCCCUCCAGUAGCUCUUGAAGAGGCCCAAUGGUUAGCACCUGCUCCAUCUUCCCUCAUCCUUAGGGUUCAAGACCCAUGUCGUGGGAGCAUAAAAUGUGGUAGUCCAAAGUCUCAGAACUUUGCCCUAUCCAAACUAAACUGAAUUGAAGACAGUUUUUUUAAAAAAUUGCUUGAGUAUUUUUAUAUUCUGAUAUGUGAAUGAGUUCCAAAACUCACAGAGAAAGUAUCUUCUCACAUACUACAUAAUUAUUUAUUUUUAUAAUUUUUAUAGUUUUCUGUGUCUCUCCUCCCCCUUCCCCCCAGGUAGAACCUAAGGUCCCUGGGGGCAGGGAUUUUUGUUUGCUUGAUUCUCUGAUGUAUCUUCAGCAUCUAGAACAGCUCCUGGCACAAAAGAAGUGCUUAAUAAAUAUUUGUUGAAUGAUGAACUGUUGAA